AUGUCUUCACACGAAAAGCUAUCGGCAGCCGCCAACGACCGGAAGUCACGCCUCGCACAGCUCAAGUCGCUCAAGCGGAAACAAGAGCAAAUCUCAGACGCGCCAGAAGCUGCCGACUCGCCAUCCACCCAGCUCCAGACCGAGACAUCGCAGGCUCUUACACGCACAGACGACGAGGAACCUUCAGUAGCAGCGACCUACCUCUCGGGCCGAAACUACGAUGCGACGACGCGGAACGUCAAGCUGGGCUUCGACAACCUUCCCAUCGCUGACCCCACGAAUACUUUGGAAUACAAGGCAGAGCAAUUAGCGCUGGAAACAAAGGCACAACAGGACGCAGAGAAGGCAGAAGACAAGGGACUAGAUCUCUUCAAGUUACAGCCCAAGAAGCCAAACUGGGACCUGAAGAGGGACCUGGAGCACAAGAUGAAGGGACUGGAUGUACAAACAGACAACGCCAUCGCAAAGCUGGUCCGAGAAAGAGUGGAAGCGCAGAAGGCUAUAAGAGAGAAGCAACCGACAGACGGAAGCAAUGGAGAAGAGGUGGGCAUGGACGGCAGUGAGUUGGUCGAGGCCAUGCACCUGAAGGAGCAAGAAGACGAGCGAGAAAGGAAAAGGGACGAGGAGGACGAGGACGUGAGCUGA